GCCGAGGCGCGCGACACGGCGUCCAGACCUCCAGCACCUGUCGCACACCUGUGGCCUUCCUCGCAGCAGCGCUGACGUUGACUUACCGGCGACUCGUGACUCUUGAUCGGCUGGCCAUGGCCUACCCGGGGUACGGAGGAGCGUUUGGAAACUUUGGCUGUCAGAUCCCAGGGAUGCAGAUGCCAAUGGGCCAGCCGAUGCCAGGUCCCAAUGUGUUCGCUGGUGGUUACCCGGGGUACGUGACCUACUCUGACAGCUACGCCCCUGCUGAUGACUCUAUGUGGUCUUUCUUCACAGCUGUUGCUGGACAGGAUGGUGAGGUGGAUGCGGAGGAGCUUCAGAGAUGCUUGACCCAAUCUGGGAUCAGUGGGACUUAUGCACCCUUCAGUCUGGAAACCUGCAGAAUUAUGAUUGCCAUGUUGGAUAGAGAUUAUACAGGAAAAAUGGGGUUCAAUGAAUUCAAGGAGCUUUGGGCAGCGCUGAAUGCUUGGAAGCAGAACUUCAUGACUAUUGAUCAAGACCAAAGUGGCACGGUAGAACAUCAUGAGCUGAGCCAAGCCAUCACUCUUAUGGGUUAUAGGUUGAGUCCCCAGACACUAGCUGCUAUUGUUAAACGCUACAGCAAGAAUGGCAGAAUCUUCUUUGAUGACUAUGUUGCCUGCUGUGUGAAACUUCGUGCUCUGACAGAUUUCUUUAGGCGAAGAGAUCACUUGCAACAAGGGAUUGUGAACUUCAUGUAUGAGGAUUUUCUGCAGGGCACUAUGACCAUUUGACAGCGUAGCGUUGAAAGGGUGAAUACUGAAGAAUCCUUCUGCUUCACUGAAACAGACUGGACUACCUAAAACUAGAAGUUUGAUGAACUUUUUUGUAUCCCUUCCUGUUAAUUUACCUUAAAGCACAGUUCAAUGCAAUAACGUUUUUAUUUGGGAUAUAUUAUUUUUUGGAAAAGUUACGGUGUUGCAGAUAUAUGCACGCCAUCUUGAAAUGUUGCUAAUGAUAUGUAGUUGAUUGCUAUCAGCGCAUCUGAGCCUUCGUUUUUAACAAUAAUAGUGUAUAGAAAUGUAGUUACGUGACAGAUUGUCUAUGAAGCCAAGUAACAAAAGUCUAGAUAAAAUUUAAUCAUGUUAUCUAAAGGCUACAAGUUGUACUUCUGAUUUUGUUCACGUCUGUGGCUGUUUCUGGAAGUAAAUCAGUUAGAGGGGACAUCUGCGCACUUGCUGGCUUUGGCUUUGAUUACCCCACCGGAGAACAUAACCUCAUGUUCUUGGCCUAUGAAUAAGAAAUCUGUAGCUCCAAAAACUAUCUGAAUUUGAGUCUGUCAGCCUACGGUAGUAGGUAUUGUUUUACUUUUUUUUUUUUUUUUUUUUUUUUUGGAUUUUCGAGACAUGGUUUCUCCGUAGCUUUUGGUUCCUGUCCUGGAACUAGCUCUUGUAGACCAGGUUGGCCUAGAACUCACAGAGAUCCGCCUGCCUCUGCCUUCCGAGUGCUGGGAUUAAAGGUGUGCGCCACCACCGCCUGGCUUUUGUUUUAACUUUUUUAUUUCAUUGUUUAUUUUUCUACAAAAUGUUUUAUUGUCUUCCUAUUUUCUUUUCUUUUUAACAUCUUUGUUUCUGCUUAGCUUUGUUUUGUGAGACAGGAUCUUUCUAGAUGGCCUAAUAGGUCACAAACCUAUCGUCCUCCUGUCUUGCCCACUUUGUGUAUGGAGGUUCAAGGUGUGUAGACGUGUGCCUGCCUUAAAAUUUUAAAAUGAAGAUAUCUUUCUCUUUUCUUAGCAAUGGCAUAGAUAACCUAAAAUGUCCUCUUUCUCAAAAUCAACCAGUUUUGGAGAAUGACACAUUUUAGUGAAGUGUCAACACUUAUUCUUGUUUCUUCUUUAAAUCCGUGCCGCCUCUAGGUGAUGGCGACAGUUUAUAAAAUGAGAAAAAAUUCAUGUGACCCGCUACUGUUCAGGAAUUCUGUGUUGGAUUAAUGGCAUGAAUGUGUGUGUGUGUGUGUGUGUGUGUGUGUGUGUACCAAGAAGUGUUUUGAUUUUUUUUUUCCUUUGUGGACCCUGUUAGCAGCAUUUCUGGUGAAAUUUUCUAUAGAGAUUUCAAGUACUCAUCAAGUUCUUUGCACUAAGUCUUCUGGUAUAAGGUGUCAGAGUUAAUUUCCCUUAUAAUGUGGAAGACACCUGUCUUUAUUAAUGAAGAUUUGACAGAUCACUAAAUUGUCAUAUAUUUUAACUGAAUAUAUAUCUAACUGAAGAAAAAUGCAAAUAGAUAUAAUUUUAUUUUAACUGGUGACCAAAUUAAAUAUUUUUAAAGAAAACGCCAUGUUUUUUAACAGGCAAACCUCUUUUAUAAUUACAGAAAAAUGUAAAAAUGCUUUUGCUUGAAAAGAUUCAGGUAAAGAAGUGAUGCCUAAUCAUUUUGACACUGGUUCUCUAUAGUUUGCUAUCAAAUACAUUUGGUCAGUUUUAUAAAGACUGACUAAUGAAAACGCCACACAAACUGUCCUCUGAUUGUGUUUCAUGACCACAUAUUUGAUAACCUGAAAGAAUAUUAGCCGAACCAUUGAAUGUACAGAAUCUGAAGCCAUUGCAGGAAAAUGAAGCCACGGUAUGUUGUUAUAAAUUAUUGAAGAAUGGAUACUCGUGAUGUAUAAGUGCUUUUAUUUAUAUAGUAAACAUGUUUCCAUGUCAUUUUGAGAAUUUUUUAAUAAACAUUCAAAUAGCUUGCUGUAAAGUUUUGUAUCAUACAAAAUUUGUUACAUAUGUACUGUUAUGAGAUGCGCCAGUUCAACAACAGUGCAUUAAUUCAGCUGUUAUCUAACAGAUUGCCAAAUGAUGAGAUGUCAGGUAUUGCACUUCUAGUUUGAGUGGCAGUUUACACAUUUCAAAUUACAUCCAGGGAAAGUCAAUGCUGUGGGAGUCUCGAUUUGGUCCACUGAAAAUGUCUUUUAAGGACUGUGCUCAUUAACCUAUUUUAGGCAUGCACUCAGAAAAAGGAAAGUAACAAAUACAUAUUAAAGUUAUAUAUUUAUUUUCAGAAAAGGCAUUUACCCUGGAAGAAAGUAGAAUUUAUCAAGGUAGUUUAAACUCUGUGCAAUUAAAAAAAUAACAAAAUCAAUUUGUGAUUAUUUCCUUAAUUAAAAUAUACACAUCAAGUUCACUUGUAAUCUUAUGAUAGUACUAAUUGAACAAACAAAAUAAAUACUACUUAUGAGAAAUGUGCUUUUUUAAAAAUGUCCUUUUAUCUUUGACAAAUUAAAAUGGAUAUAUUUUGUCCUGCUUCAUGAACAGCUUUCUGUAAAUUUGAUAGGGAUUUGAUUUUAAUAAUCUCUAAAUUGAACCCAUUGCUCAGAAUUCCAAACUACUUUUGAUUAUCACAUCCUCCAGUUAAAAUUAUAAAACUCAUCCGUGGCUCUUUUAUUACUUUGGUACUUGCUUGAAAAGAUCCCUUUUGUUUGUUUUAAUGCAAUCAUUUAUGUAGUGAGUUAAGCUUCCUCAAAUAACUGCCUAAGGCUUAGGUAUCCUCUACACUAUGUCUGGAGAGUAUGGACUUAUGCUGGGGUCCAAUGCAGAUGUUUAGAACGUCUGUGAGGUGGAGAAUGCAGACAGCAUUUUAAAUGAAUACCAUUCUCAUUUCUCAUUUAGAACAAUAUCAAGACAUCUCUCCAUAUAUUAGAUUAAAAUUUCCUUGUAAUUUAAAACAGUGAGAAGAAUAGCUAGCAAGACACGGAGAACUCAGGGACCCCUUCUGACUCUAGAUCGGCCUGUCCUUUGGAUGCUAGGAAACCUGUGCUCUGAAUCCUCCUUAUCAUGUCCCCUUCUUAUUUUUAGACAAAUUUUUCCUUCUUACAAAGGAAAGAACAUAUGUUCUUAUCACUCCUUUAAUCCAAGUAGCUUCAUUACACAUAGGGCAGUAUAUUAAAACCCAGGCUCGCUUCUGUCAGUCUGAACAUAUAGUAAGUAGACAUACAGCGUGCUUCUACCUGCCUACUGUGCACCACAAUUGGAAAAUGGACAGGGUUUUUGCCCACGUGCUGCUCCUGUUGUCAGGUGAGCCCCUUCAUUAACAUCAAGGAGUUACAGAGCUUCAUUGAAUAGCUGUAUGGAGAGAUGUGUGAGCCAGGGAUGGUGGAUUUCCAAUUCUGACGUAUUGGGGGUUGGAGUUUAACCUUUUCUCUAAGCAUAAACAUCUAAAUAGAUAGACACAUGCAUAUAGCCAUUUCGAUUUAAUUGUCUGUAUUGCCUAUUUAGUUAUCUUAUUUUUCUAUGAUUAUUGAAAUUGCAAAAGGUAACCUAAACGGUGAGGAUGUCACUCUUCUAGAAACACACUAAAGACUCUUGUUAGUUUGUAAAUAAUAGGCCAUUUAAAGUUGACUUUAGGAUUUCUGGACUUUUAUGUAUAUUUAAUUUCUCACAGUUGUGUAAAUGCAGGACCCUCAAAUGUGUCGUAGGAGAAGAGAUACAGUGGGAUGUUUCCAGGUAUUUUGCCUUCUGUACUUUGACUGUGACUUCACAAUCAGUUUCUCUGACAGAGGGCAAUGUAAUAUUUCCUGCUAUCUGUAAUAAGUUUGGUUUUACUUUUAAUACAUGGGGACAUAUGCUCCUGACUUCUUACAUCUUAAAAAUGAAGCAUGAAGAAUCUAUGCCACUACACACAGUGCUACCCUUAGCGCAUGCUGUGUCAGAGCCAACCAGUUUUUGUUUAGAAGUGUCUUUGAGGAUAGUACGAAUUUUCUUAACU